AUGUCAUUCCAGAACCAGAAGACUUUCAAGCUCAAUACUGGCGCUGAGAUUCCUGCUAUUGGACUAGGAACAUGGCAGGACGAGGGGGCUCAGGAGGCCGCGGUCCUUGCAGCUCUCAAAGCAGGCUAUCGCCACAUCGAUACCGCAAGAUGCUACGGUACUGAACCAGCAGUGGGAAAGGCCAUUAAACAGAGUGGCGUGCCGCGCAACGAUAUAUUUGUUACCAGCAAGCUAUGGAACAACAGGCACCAUCCAGAUGAUGUUGGAUUGGCAUUACAGGAGACAUUGGAUGACUUGGGGCUCGAAUAUCUCGACCUUUUCCUGAUGCACUGGCCGGUUGCGUUUAAGCGUGGAGACGACCCCUUCCCCUCCGAUAAAGAUGGUAGAUUGAUUACUGAUAACAUUGAUUAUCUUGACGUUAGUUCCCCCUCCUUCUACCAAUCUCAUCCACGUGAAUCGCGCAUUACUGAUAAAAUGAAGACCUACAAAGCUAUGGAGGCUCUCCUCAAAACGGGAAAGACCAAAGCUAUUGGAAUAAGCAACUUCUCCAAGAAGGAAGUUGAGCGCAUUCUGGAGAAUGCAUCCACUGUUCCAGCGGUUCACCAGAUGGAGCUACAUCCGUGGUUGCAACAGAAGGACUUCACAGAAUUCCACAAGCAGAAAGGUAUUCAUGUCACCCAAUAUUCGCCGUUUGGUAACCAAAACGAAAUCUAUGGCUCCCGUGAGAAAUACGGUCAGCUAGUGAACGACGAGAAGCUCGUGAAGAUUGGGAAGAAGUAUGGAAAAACAUCGAACCAGGUCGCUCUUGCCUGGGGCAUAUCACAUGGCCGCUCGGUCAUUCCCAAGUCCAAAUCUCCAGAGCGCAUCAAACAGAACUUCGACAUUGCAUUCAAACUUGACGAUUCGGACAUCAAAGAAAUUGAUCAGCUCGAUAAGAAGCUUCGUUUCAAUGAUUCGAGCAAGGACUUUGGCUAUGAGUUAUUUACAGACCUCGAGGGCAAGCAAAAAUAA